AAUGUCAUCAGGUGGAAAAGGAAAAGCAGGUAAAGGAGGAAAGGCAGCUGGAGCUCAUAAAUCAGUUUCUAGAUCACACAAAGCCGGUUUAUAAUUCCCAGUCGGAAGAGUUUCAAGAUAUUUGAAAUAAGGCAGAUAUACAGAAAGAGUUGGUGCAGGUGCUCCAGUUUAUUUGUCAGCUGUGCUUGAAUAUUUGGCUGCUGAAGUCUUAGAACUUGCUGGAAAUGCUGCCAAAGAUAACAAAAAGAAUAGAAUUAAUCCAAGACACAUUCUCUUAGCCAUUAGAAAUGAUGAUGAAUUGAAUAAAUUAAUGGCAAAUACAACAAUUGCUGAUGGAGGAGUUUUACCUAAUAUCCAUCCUCAUUUAUAUUCAGCUAAAGAAGAUCCAAGCCAAGCUGUUUGAUU